CGAUGUCCAGACUGUGAGGAGUAAAUACAGAACCAACCCCGGCCUUGGGACAUGAUCGGCUGUGAAGGCCUGAAGGGGUGAGAACCCAAACGGAGGCCGCUUCAAUGGCGUGGACCGAGCCACGUCCAGACCCAGAGCCGGAACCAAAACUGACACUUCACAAUUUCAGGACUCACAUAACUUUACCGUCAGCCGUCCUUCAAAUCCAGCCUCCACUUUUACUGCGCCUCUUUUUGCUGCUUGCUGCCUUUGCUGAUCUCGGCGCUGCCGGUCCAGCUCGCCCCCCUCUCCUGUCCGGACAGCCUUUCAUCAUCUUCUGGGGCAUCCCGGACUCUUCCUGCUCCGGUCGGCCAGACCCCGGAUCUUUCGGCAUGGAACGGGAGGGCCGCGUGGCUGUCUUUUACGAGGACACUCUGGGGAACUACCCGUAUUUAGUGGACAAGGACACACCGGUCAAUGGGGGACUACCGCAGCACACACGGCUGGACAGCCACCUCCAGAAGACACAGCAGGACCUGGAGGCAGCUUUACCUGCCCCGAGGUACCUUGGACUGGGGAUUCUGCGCUGGGCAGAGUGGAUCCCCCAGUGGUCAAGGAACCGAGAUCGGAAGGCAAUGUAUGUUGAGGCAUCGAGGAAACUCCUGAAGACUUUCUUUCCUAACUGGACCCCGGAGGAAGUAGAGAAGUGGUCACAGGUGGACUUCGAGGCAGCAGCCCAGUCAGUAAUGAUGGAGACUCUACGGGAGGUCAAGAGGUCAAGGCCCAAAGCAUUGUGGGGCGUCUCCCCAUACCCCAGCUGCUACAACGGGGACCCCGCCCAAACUGCGUUGGCCAAUUACACCGGCCAGUGCCCCGCUGCAGAGAGGGCCCUCAAUGAUGAACUGGUGUGGCUAUGGAAACGAUGCUCCGCCCUCUACCCUCUCCUCACCCUGGAGAAGCUGCAGGGUGGGACCUCUGGAGCCAGGCUUUAUUUGUCCAAUCAAAUCAAAGAAGCAAUGCGCGUGUCAUCGCUGACUGGGUCGGCAUUUGAUCUUCCUGUAUUCCCACUGGUCAAGAGCGUCUACGCCUCAACAAACACUUUCCUGUCACAGGCAGACCUGGUGAGCACCAUAGGAGAGAGCGCUGCCAUGGGAACAGCCGGGGUUGUCAUCUGGGAGAGAAGUGAGACCAAGACGGAGAGGGAGUGUCAGGACCUGGCAGAUUUCGUCCGUCAGGUCCUGGGACCGUACUCCAUCAACGUAACCACCGCAGCUCGACUCUGCUCGUCCUCCCUGUGCCAGGGAAAGGGCCGAUGCAUCCGCCAGAAUCCGGAGAGCUCUGCCUACCUCCACCUCCCUCCCCCGUCCGAAGUGGUGACGGAAAAGCCAGAGGCAGCGAAAGCCACCGAUCCACCGGACACAAGCACUAAAGCGGCUGAGCCGGACCCAGCUGAGAUCUGGAAGAAGGACUUCCAGUGUCAGUGGUACAAGACUGCAGACGGGGACGUCUCAGACCAGCAGUCCCCAAAAGACGGAGCGUCUGUCAGAGUUACAGUAAAAGAAAACGCUGGAGAUGUGAUAGCGACUACAACAGCUUCUGCUGUAGCCCCUGCUGUAUUCUCUACAACAACAGGUGCCUCUGUGACUGAGCUAGGAGGACGCCGCUCUCCUGGUGCUGCAAGUCCGAAGCCUUCGCCGGAAGUACCGACAGACGGUGGUACGGGUCCUCUCCCAAACCUGACCGUUCUGCUGCUGCUGGUGGCCGGAAGUCUAAGCCUGAAACAUUAAAACUGUGAACAAAGCCAGACUUCAUCCGGAAGUUCUGGGCUUCAACUGCAUUACGAGCCCUUCAGAAGUGCCCUUGAGCAAGACACUGAAUCCCUGCCGGCUGCAGGAGUGCUGCUUUGUAGCCCAACAUAAUGAAUUAUAAAACAGUACAUGAAAAAAAAGACAACCAGCUGGAAGUCCUUACCUGUCACUGAACGUGCCAAGAGACAGUGGUACAAACACUUGUCACUUUUUCAGUUUCUACUGGCUGUAUUUAUAGAGGAAGGAAGUGUGAUAUAUUAGAUUUAGACUGACCUGUGAUCAGUGUGCUGAUAUCAGCUUUGUAUAUAUGUUCAACCUGAGCAGACAGAUGAAAGACAUCUGUUAAACCUGCACCGAGGGGUCAUUUUCUUUGCACAUUUUGUUUAUACUCUUUAUUUGUCAGUCAAGUGGAAUUAUUUCUUCAUUUAAAGGCCUCGUGCGCUG